AUGUACUUCUUCCUCUACAACCUCUCCUUCGUGGACAUCGUCUACACCACCACCACCAUCCCCAAGAUGCUCUCGGGCCUGCUGAUAGAUGUGAAUACCAUCUCCGUACUGGGCUGCUUCGUUCAGAUGUAUUUCUUCUUUAUGCUGUCAGUUACUGAAUAUGCCAUACUGACCGUCAUGGCGUACGACCGCUACGUGGCCAUCUGCCACCCUCUGCGCUACACCGCCAUCAUGACUCGGACCGUCCGGCUGCUCCUGGUCGCCGGAGCCUGGAGCUUCGGCACGGUCUGCACGCUGCCCGCCACCUCUAUGACUUUGCAGCGGUCUUACUGCGGCGCAAAUGCAGUAACACAUGCCUGGUGCGACCUGUCGUCUGUAAGGCGGCUGGUCUGCGGUGACACAAGGAUCGAUAACAUUGUGUCCAUUUCCUUUGCCAUAGUGGCGCUUCUGACCACAGGAGUCCUCAUCCUCACAUCCUACGUCCUGAUUGGUGUUUCCAUAUCGAGGAUGGGGGUCGCUCAGAGGCUGAAGGCCUUCGGGACGUGUGCCGCCCACCUGACCGUGGUGUCCAUCUCUUACAGCUCGGCCUCGUUUGUUUACAUCUCCUACCGGGUGGGGAACUUCUCCCCAGAGGAACGUAUUAUCGUGGCAGUGAUGUUCUCCGCUCUGACUCCUUUCCUGAACCCGAUGAUCUACAGUCUGAGGAACAAGGAGCUCCGUGAGUCCAUCAGGCGGACUCUGAGGAGGCUCAAAACUGCUGCUGUGUUUCCCAAAAAGGACUUCAACACCCGCUACAUGUCCCUGAACCUGACGGAGCAGCGCUACAUGUCCCUGAACCUGACGGAGCAGCGCUACAUCUCCCUGAACCUGAACCUGACGGAGCAGCGCUACAUGUCCCUGAACCUGACGGAGCAGCGCUACAUCUCCCUGAACCUGACGGAGCAGCGCUACAUGUCCCUGAACCUGACGGAGCAGUGCUACAUGUCCCUGAACCUGACGGAGCAGCGCUACAUCUCCCUGAACCUGAACCUGACGGAGCAGCGCAGCGUCUCACGGUUAGCGUGUGCACAGGGGGACUCACAUGCAAAGCUUUGCAUUGUUGUGUCGUAUUCAUACCUUCCCCCGUCGACCAAUCACAGAGCCAGCUUUAACGGCACCUUGGAGCCCAAUGGCGUCCCUGUCUUCGUCAUUCAGGGCCUCACCGACCUCGGAGAGACAAAGAUUAUAAUUUUUGUCACAAUGCUUCUGGGUUACAUCGUCAUCCUGGGAGGAAACAGCAUGAUCAUCUUGGUGGCGUCGACUGAUCCCAAGCUCCACUCUCCCAUGUACUUCUUCCUCUACAACCUCUCCUUCGUGGACAUCGUCUACACCACCACCACCAUCCCCAAGAUGCUCUCCGGCUUCCUGACGGAGGUCAACACCAUCUCCUUCCCUGGCUGCUUCCUCCAGAUGUACUUCGUCAUCCAGCUGGGAAUCACCAGCCGCUCCAUCCUGACCGUCAUGGCGUACGACCGCUACGUGGCCAUCUGCCACCCUCUGCGCUACACCGCCAUCAUGACUCGGACCGUCCGGCUGCUCCUCAUCGCCGGCGCCUGGAGCUUCGGCACGGUCUGCAUCGUGCCGCCCAUCGUCCUGGCGUUGCCGCGGUCCUACUGCCGCUCGAACGUGGUGACGCACGGCUGGUGCGACCCGUCGUCUGUACGCCGGCUGGUGUGCGGGGACACUUCACUUGAGAGCGCGAUGUCAUUGACCUCCGCUAUAGUGUCGCUGCUGACCACCGGAGUCCUCAUCCUCGCAUCCUACGUCCUGAUCGGUGUUUCCAUAUCGAGGAUGGGGGUUGCUCAGAGGCUGAAGGCCUUCGGGACGUGUGCCGCCCACCUGACCGUGGUGUCCAUCUCGUACAGCUCGGCAUCGUUUGUUUACAUCUCCUACCGGGUGGGGAACUUCUCAUCUGAGGUUCGCAUCAUCGUGUCCGUGCUGUACGCCGCUCUGACUCCUUUCCUGAACCCGAUGAUCUACAGUCUGAGGAACAAGGAGCUGCGAGAGUCCAUCAGGAGGACUCUGGGCCGGUUCAGAACUUCUGCUGUGUCACCCCGAAAAGACGUAAACACGGGGUCCUGA